CGAGGUCAAAUGAAUUUGAAGUUGGCGCCAUAGAUGUGCGCCCUGCGUCUGCGCACUGAGGCAGGAGCACACAAGCGAAGGGAGUGAACUUCACGAGGCCGCUCAUUUAGGAGUUAGGUGGGCUGGAGGGCUGCAUUAGAAGUGUCGAAGUGUGGCAUGUUCCCCCGUCUCUUGUGAGGACCUCCCUACGGUGACACGCGCCAUAGUUAUUAUUCUAAGCACAGCUCCACCAUCAUCAUCUUAAAGACUUUUUUCCCAUUUACUGUAGAAGCAAAAUGUAUCAUCAGCCACCACCAAAUGUUGACUCAUCCACCUCAAUUGAGGGAAUGCCAGGGGCCCUUCCAUCUAAAACGCCUGUGUCACUUCUUCAAGAGUUGUGUAUGAGACGUGGAAUCUCUCCAAAAUAUGACUUGUUGCAGAUAGAGGGUGCUGUACAUGAACCAACGUUUGUUUACAGAGUCACGGUUGGAGAGUUUGCUGCUAAUGGAUCUGGACAGAGCAAAAAGAAAGCAAAGCAUGCUGCAGCCAAGGCAGUGUUGGAUAUUAUCAUCCAGGGUGGUGCAGCAGGAGCUGGAGGAUCUACAACUGGCGGAGCACCUGGAGCACCACCUGAGCUAUCCACUCAGAUUGUUUCACCAUAUGAUGAUGGUAUCCCAGGGAACCCAGUUGGAUCCUUGCAGGAGCUGUGCAUGGCGCGUCGGUGGCCCCCUCCUACAUACGAUCUUACAUCGGAGGAGGGUUUCCCUCACGAGCGAACUUUCUCCAUUGCUUGCACCAUCGGCAAUACAAAAGAAAUUGGUACAGGUAAAAGUAAGAAACUUGCAAAGCGACAGGCAGCAUACAAAAUGACACAACGGUUGAAGGACCAACCUGUAGAACAAAGUCAAGUCAGUGUGCUGGCAGAUGACGAUGAUGAGAUUUCUUCAUUGCUCGACAAAUCCCUUACAUUAUGAAUGUUACUUGUACAGCUUGUCCAUUAUAUUGCAUAGUACACUAAGAAACUGUUAUAUUAAUAAUGUUUUUGUAAAAUAAUUUUUUAGGAAUCUUGCCAUAAUAAAUAUUAGCUUCACCUUUGUUCAUUUUGGUAGUGAUCCUUAAAAGGUGUCUGAGUUUAUACAAAUGUGAAGUAGAAAUAGUCUAUGAUUCUCAUGAUAUUUUUAUUAAGACUAGAGAAAGUAUGUACAAUUAUUUACAUUAGACAAAUGGGUUACUUAUUACAAAAACAACCUAGGAAAUAUGUUGAAGGCUUGGGUUGAAGAUUAUUUUAAGAUAAUACAAAUUAUUAUUCAUAAGAUAUUAUAUGUAAUAUUUAAAUAUUUUCAUUAUGUCAUGCCAUCUUACAAUUUUGAAGUAAGGUCUUUACACCAAUGAAUAGCAACACAGUAAGACAUUUGGGGUUUGUCCUCUAUAUUGAACAUAUAAUUAUCUUUUAUAAUUGAAGCUGCUUAAAAAAUAAAUUAUGAUCUACUGUUGAUUAGCAGGAAGUAAUUAUAUAGGUUAAGAAUAAUUGUAUACUUCCAUUUGUAUUUUGCCAUUAAUUUGAUUGGUAAAUAUAUCUUUUUGUCUUGGCAUCUCUAACAGCGACAGAAAAUAAAGCUCUUGACCAAU